CGCUCCACACGAAGGGAAUAUUGUCAACAUGUCCGCGCGUCUGGAGUGGUCACGCUUGGAUCCAAAGUGACCCUCUCCGUGCGUAAUUUGGAGACCUUGGAUUGGUAUUUGGUUAUGUUCGAGCGCACGGUUUCGCCAUGACUUCCAAACGGGACUCGGUUGCUAAACUCAAGCUCCGCCGCUCGUUCAGUGAGCACUUGCGAAGUUCAACCUCCAAAGCCUGGGGUUUAAUCUGGAGGAAUGUCCGGGAGCGGAGGCUUGCAGAGAUUGAGGCUAAAGAGGCGUGUGAUUGGCUGCGUGCUGCUGGUUUCCCUCAGUACGCACAGCUCUUUGAAGAUUCCCAGUUCCCCAUCGACAUCAGGCCUGUGAAGAAAGACCAUGACUUUCUGGAUAAAGACCUGGUAGAACCUCUCUGCAGGCGGCUCAACACCCUCAACAAAUGUGCUUCCAUGAAACUUGAUGUCAACCUACCAAAGAAGAAAAAGGAAGACUCUGAUGAGGACGACGUCUUUGCCAUUAGUGACCGCUGGACCUUUGAGUGGACCAGCCGGAGAUGGUCCCGUUUGCAGGACAUGGACUCUCUGCUGGGACACCUCCCUGACCCAGGACCCCACCGCGGUGAGGAGCACACUGCCCUUCGCGCCACCACCAGCAAAGAGAGCGUGCUAACCGACCUGAGCGAGCCUGAAAUCUCUUCUCUACACAGCGAGAGCAGCGGAGGCAGUGUGCAGAGAGGACGCAGCACUGAAGACUUGGACUCCCCAGCUAUGCCCGACCAAACUCUCACAAUCACAAAUAAUCCCAAUCACUACGACAACCAUGGCAAACCUAAUCGGGCUAAAGAUUUUCUGCGUCGCAUGGAAAAACUUCAACACCGAGGGACUGUACACAGUAGUCGCAAAAACUUGGUAAUAAGCGCUCCGGUGCUUACACACGAAGCCCACGCUCUCAAAACGUUGCACUGCGUAGACAUUGUAAAUGGACACAACGGAAGUAACAUUCUGAUGAAAAAUCUCCCGUCGUCUCAAUCUGGCAGCGACGGCAACCAUUCUAGCAAUAGCACCGUAAGCACACCUAGCUUAAAAGAACGCAAAGCUCACAGGGCCGACCAUAAACGCAGCGGUAUGUAUUUAGAAGACAUUGAUAUUUUCAGGAACGUGUGUACAGUCGCCGAGGAAAAUCAAAGGAACGAAUUCUGCUCAUAUGAAGAUUUGGUCGUGCACAUACCUGAGGACCACAAGCCAGGCACCUUCCCCAAAGCACUGUCUAUAGAGAGCUUAUCCCCGACCACUGCUGCUCCUAUGAACUGGCAUCCCACUAGCAUGCACCUAGACUCCGAACUCAACACUUUUAAAAAGGAGUCCAGACCUGUUACGCAAUGUUGCUCGCGGAGGGGUAGCCGAAUUAGCAUCUAUGACAAUGUACCCGGUUCGCAUUUGUAUGCUAGCACAGGGGAUUUGAUAGACUUAGAAAAAGAGGACUUGUUCCCGCACUUGGAUGAUAUCUUACUUCACGUGAAUGGACUUCAGCAGAUAGUGGAUCAUUGGUCAAAGAACGUGCUGCCAGGAAGCGGAGGAGGAAGCAAAGUGGAUGGAGGGUUGAAAGGAGAGAAUCUGCAGGCAUUGAGUCAGAUCACUUUGGAUUUUGAAGGACAAUCGGUGACAGAGAGCCAGACUACACCCAGUGACGAGGAUCGGAAUGGGGACAGAGAAGGGGACAGGGACAGGGUAUCGCUGGCAGAGAUGGAGCUUGCCAAGUUGAGGGAACGGAGGGACUCCGGUGUGGGGGCAUCGCUCACAAGGCCAAACCGGUUACGCUGGCCCAGUUUUCAGAUCUCCAAUCGUCUGAGCCACUCCACAGCCUCUCUGCAGAUCAGCAACCAGUCUGCAGUCCAACUCAGCCUGCUCCAGAAGUUCUCCCUGCUCCGGCUCACCGCCAUCAUGGAGAAAUACUCUCUGUCCAACAAGCACGGAUGGACCAGUGCUAUCCCAAAGUUCAUGAAGAGAAUGAAGGUCCCAGACUAUAAGGACAAGAACGUGUUUGGAGUGCCGCUCAUAGUCCACGUGCAGCGCUCAGGACAGCCCCUCCCUCUAGGUCUGCAACAAGCCUUACGCUACCUGAGGAGCCAGUGCCUCGACCAGGUUGGUCUGUUCCGUAAGUCCGGGGUGAAGUCUCGGAUCCAGGCUCUGCGUCAGAUGAAUGAGAGCUCUCCAGACGACGUAAACUAUGAGGAGCAGUCUGCCUACGAUGUGGCUGAUAUGGUCAAGCAGUUUUUCAGAGACCUCCCAGAACCUCUGCUCACCAGCAAGCUAGGGGAGACCUUUCUGCAUAUAUACCAAUACGUGCCCAAAGAGCAGCGACUCCAAGCAGUGCAGGCAGCCAUUAUGCUGAUGUCAGACGAGAACCGCGAGGUGCUGCAGACACUGCUGUGCUUCCUCAGUGAUGUCACUUCCUCUGUGCAGGAGAACCAGAUGACUCCCAUGAACAUUGCUGUGUGCCUGGCCCCGUCUCUGUUCCACCUCAACAUCCUGAAGAAGGACAACCUAGCUCAUAAGGCCUUGCAGAAGAAGCACGCCACAGGCCGACCAGACCAGAGGGACCUCAAUGAGAACUUAGCAGCCACACAGGGACUGGCCCAUAUGAUCACAGAGUGCAACCGGCUAUUUGAGAUCCCUCGCGAGAUGGUGGCCCAGUCUCGUAACUCGUACGUGGAGGCGGACAUGCACGCUCCCACCAUGGAAGAGCUCUGCAGGCAGCAGGAGGAGGACGAUGGGACCUACUACACCCACAUGGAGAACAGGCUACAGGCCUUCCUCCGAGAUGCACGGGACAGGUCCAAGCACUGGGUCUCCUGCACCAGUGCCGACAGUACUGAGCUGCACUACAAGAAGGUUGGAGAUGGGAACGUGCUGCGGCGCUGGAAGGUGUCAGUGGAGGUAGAAGCCCCUCCCUCUGUGGUACUGAACAGGGUGCUGCGAGAGCGCCACCUAUGGGACGUGGACCUGCUGCAGUGGAAAGUGUGUGAGACCCUGGACAGACACACGGAGGUGUUCCAGUAUUCACUCAACUGUAUGCCCCCCCACCCCAGUAGAGACUUUGUACUGUUGCGAACCUGGAGGACUGACCUGCCCCGAGGCGCCUGCUCCCUGGUGUCCGUCUCCAUAGAGCGCUGCGCCUCUUUUGGAGGGGUCAGAGCCAUCGUCCUAGAGUCUAACUACCUCCUAGAGCCCUGUGGAUCCGGCAAGUCCAGACUCACUCACAUCUGCAGAGUCGAUCUCAAAGGCAGGACUCCAGAGUGGUACAACAAAGCCUACGGUCACCUGUGUGCUGCAGAGGCCUCACGCAUUCGCAACUCCUUCACCCCCCUCAUUACCGACGGACCCGAGACAAAGAUCUGAGGGAGCACUGACCCUCAUGAUUUUGCAAACUGGACAUAGGACUGCAGCUAGUGUCUCACAAACUGGACAGAGUACUGUACUAACUGAUACUAUCAAUACUAGAUACUCAUUUGAACAAUCAAUGGACAAACAUUGGACCAUUUUUAGAAUAAUUUUGAUCUUAAUCAGAAUAGGUAACUUAUACGAUCACAUGGUGAAAUAGAGGAAGUGCUGUUAUUUAUUGUUUAAAAAGUAAAUUGUGGUAUUGAAAUGGUAUCGAGCCUUUUACAUUUUUAAAAUUUUAGUAUCGUAACAACACUACAUACAUAUAUAAGUACUACAUCCUUGUAUCUUUCGCAUACUGGACCUCACUCUCUGACAGAGCCUCAUGAUCGGUGCUGACCAUAAUCCUGCCAUUCUAUUUUCUAUUUACUUU